AAGAAGAGAGUCGUCGGAGGUUUUUAGGGACGACGACGUCGACGACAGCGGGAUGAAAAGAGGCUCGACCAGUCCCGCACGUGAUGAUCUGCUGAAGGCUUAUUAUUCAGAACUAAUCUCUCAAGCACAAGCAGCGUCAUUUGUCUCCCAAGUGGCUUGAAGCUUCACACCCAGACUGGUUCGGUGGCAGGCUGGCAGGGCAGAGCAGGGCAGGGGCAGGGGCAGAGCAGAGCAGGGCAAGGCAGGGCAGGGCAGACAGUCCAGACACCAGCGAGACAGACAGCGAUCGCCCCGACGGCCAGGUCUCACGACUACCGAUUAGAACAAUUGCCUUCGACGGCCUCGACAACGACGACAACGACCGACCAACUGAACGAUAGUGUCGGCUCGCAGUAGGUAAUACCAUAUCGCGACAGCCAAACUGCCCGGGCCUUCUUUGCUUCUCGUCUUCGCGAUCUUUCACAACACAUCACGGCUGCGAGCAACAGCAAGUGCCCUCACUCACGGCACCGCACACGGGAUUGCGAUAGACCCAGGUCGGCCUCAAGGUUACAGGACCGCUUCCAACCAACUUUGCAAACUUGCAAAGGAAACCCGGAUCCUAGCACAUAAUCCCUCUCGCCGGUCUACACUCUGCAGCACGUUGAUGCGUGCAUUGCGUGGUGCAGCCACCCGACGCCUUCGACGACCGCGAAAGCCGUUCGCAGUAACCGACAACGAGUCCAGACGUCUGUCAGCCAUCGCUGUGCGACACUCAUCCGCCCUCUCGACGAACGACCCUUGACGAUCGAUCUGUUGCAGCGAUCGAGUCGCACUGUGUACAGACUCGCGAACGACCACCGACCGGGUCACGACCGGACGACCGACGAAUGCAGUAGUACACCCUAGCAUCGACUAUACACAAUCGAACUCUAUCACCACUCCCUCUGCAUUACAACUAGCGAAAGACUUAACUCUACAUCCCAACACUCGCUCGAAACCUAUGCGAUAAUCUCCAUGUUGCACCACUAUCGGUAGUAACGCAGGACAAUGGAUCCCUCCGCGGAUGGAUUCAGCAUACUCGGAAGAGCCUUUGAGAUUGCUGAGGGGCAUGCAAUUACUACGAAUGGGAGCAUCAAAAGGGAUGCGAGUCCACCAUCUCGACCUUCUAUGCCUGGCACCUUCGUCGAUAUGCCGUCUGAUGCUUCGGCGACGAGCGCCGCGCUCGACUAUGAUAGUCAGACGACAACGCCGCCCAAGCGACUUCGCAGACACAACUCUGACUUUCCGCCCACGCCGCCGACGAUGACGAACAGCGAGGUGGCCGAAUCACUCCCAGCAGAGCGAAGGCUGAGUCCCUCACCGGUAUUCGCAGACCGUGUGAGGAAGCAAUUGGAAAGGCACAAAUCUGGACUGAGCACACCUGUGAAUUCGAGCAAUAGCCCGCCUACGCCAGAUCCCUCGCCGCCGAGCAGACGCGGUACCGAUCAGUCACACCUGUACAGACCUUCUCUUCCUCAAAAUUAUGCUAGCUCAUAUGCCGAGUCCUUUCGGACAGCAACCGAGGGGAGGACACCGCAUGCGAGUAGUACCCAAGUCAAUCUCCUGCCCGCCGACAUGGACGAGACUCCUCGACAGAGCUGGAUCGAAAUGGGCAGAGCGAUGGGCUUGUCGAACAAUGUGUUAGCUGUGCAGGAAGAAGAGCGUAUGCAUACGGAUUCCGACUCGGAUGUGGUGUGUCGGGUGAAGAGCUACCACCUCGAAUCGGACGGCAGCGAUGGCGAAAAGGAUGAUAAGACAGUGACAUACUCCGCGAGCGACGAACGCAGCACGUCCGACUCGGCUCCGGCCUCACCCGCAUCGCGCAAAGGUGUUCGUCAAAAGCAAGCAGUCGCAAUACCUCGACUUCGCAGACCCUUCCAGCCGGGCGACGAGAUCAAGCGACCCGACGAUUUCCUCCUCUAUGGCUCUGUUGGGCCCGUCAAGACAUGGAAGAAGCCUCAGCACAAGUCUAAAACACCGCCAGCUCGGGAAAUGGAUUCUGAGUUCUUGAGGAAUGCAGCACCUCCCCUGGCGCCGGAAGUCCCAGAGACGGGGAAGGACAUUCUUCAGCGGCUCGAGGACGUGAUUAAAGAGGAUCAGCCAGAGCCAGCUCCCUUAACAGCGCUGCCGCCCAUUCCUCCCGAGGAGCGCCAAGUCAUCACGCCUGCUCAGGACGAGGUCAAGCCCCUAGUGGAGUUUGUACCGAUUGUCUCCCCCAAGGACGUUCGGACACCGCCUUCGACGGCGCAGAAGGACAAGAGUCUGGAGGACAACAACGUGGUGUACAAGAUGAUCCAGGCAGAGAAUGCCAAAAGGCACAGUGCCAUCUCAGAUGGAAGUGUGCAAGCGAGAGUCGUCGUGCCGCCGGAGAACAAGCCCAAGCUACGACAUACGCCCAAGAGGGACUCGCUCCGAGGCGAUGUGAGCGUGAUCAGCCGCUCGGAUAGCACACCUAUGCUGAAGCACAAGAGGGCAGUGGGCAGUCUGGGGCAGAGUGAGGCUUCUCCUGAACGCGUCAGGCAUAGCAUGCAGAAUUUCGCAGACGCUUGGCCGUGGACAGCAGAAGCGGAAGGCGAGAUAACGCGCACUCGGCCGCGUGCUGGCGAGAAGCACUUUUCGUAUAGCGCCUUGCGAGACUCUGCGCCCAGGGUCGCAUCUGCUAGCGUCCUCGGCAACCCUCACACGCUCAGGCGAUCGUUGCGCCACCACAGCCUCGAGCAAACACCGCGCCCCGUCAGCAACUCUGCAAGACCCGGAGCAAGAUCUCUGAGCAUGGAUACUGCUGGUUUGUUCGCUGCCUCUUUCCAUGACACUGCGCCUGCGCCAAAGCUGCGAAGGUCCUCAGCUGAGCAGCGCUUGGAUCGUAACUACGAGGUGCACAGAACAAGCCUCAGUCAUGUGCCUGAGUCCCAGCAGGCGCACGAGGCCAAUCCCAGCCCGCAAUCCGUUGCUGCACAGCUGCUGCAAGUGUCCCCUCCCGAAGAACACGAGCGCAGCCAUCGACAACUCAUGUCGGAUAGAAGUCCCAGGAGCGAUCGACGAGAGUCUCCCAAUGCAAGCUCGAAGACGGGGCACUCACCACGUCGCAAAAGUCUGGACUACCGCUCACUACACCCGACCAUCACGCCCAUGAGCCAGAUGUCUGGCACAGCACCUUCUGAAGCAGAGCUCUGCGAGGCGAAAGGAAUUCCCUUUUUCCCGCAUACCAAUAAUAGUUUGCUGGUGGUACAGACCGCUCGGCACGUCAGCAUGCCAGAGCGCAUGCCUCUUGAUGACGAUGACUCUGAUCUCGACGGCAAACCCAUCCCAGGCAUCAAUCGAGCCAACUUUAAAGCUUUUGUCACGCCCGCUGACGAAAUCGGCAAGCCACUCUACAGUGUCGAAAGUCCUCUCACCAAUCCGAGAGAAGCGCCUGAACCGCCGGUCAUCAAAUUCAUCCCGCCCACACCAAACGACGAACUGGAACGACAGCUGGGCAUGGGGCCUUCGGUGGAGAAGGCAGAAACUGAACGCCCCGAGGCGGAGAACCCACGAGCACAUCUUCAGCGGAGUCUCAGUCUCAAAGAUCGCUUUCGCCGCUUUAGUGAAAGUCUGAACCAACCGGUCCCAUUUGGCCGCCAGAACUCAUAUCGCAGAUCUGCGCCUUCACGGCGCACACGACAGACUGAGGGCCAGAGACCUCUGCACUUGAGUUCUUUCUGGCAGCCGAGGGACUUUUGGGCAGACUACGAAAGCGAUGCCGACGACGAUGACGAUGACGACUACGACCCGCUUCCAGCUGGCGGCGACACUUCCGAGGUACUGGAAGACCCCAAGGCGAAGAAUGCCUUUACAUUCCCUCGCGCCAUGUCGAAACGCAUGCCCGGUUUCCGUGGAAGCGGCGGCUUUCUCAUGGGAAACAGUCUCGGCAUCGAUCGCCACGGCAGCAACUCCCGCAGACACCACAUCGAUCGUCCUGUCACUCACCCCUCACCCGGUGCCAGUCUGCAAGACUAUCGCGUCGCUUCCAGCCCCAACCUAGGCCACCGACGCUCCGAAGAGUUCUUGCGACGACACCGACGACGAUUCCUCUCCGAUCGACACCCCAGCAGCAAAAUGAACUUUCGCGUCCCCUUUUCCGGUGGACGCAGGCUCGAGUACGUAGGUCUAUCAGCUUUUGGCGCCAAAUUACAAGCUGCGAGAAAACUGCGACGCGAAAAUUUGGCAGAGCUGAGGAGGGAGAAGUUGCGAGAGAGUAUUGGACUUCGAGUCUUUCAUGAUGGACCCGCGGCUAUGACUUCGAAGUGAUGGGGCUAGGAAGGGGAUGCAAGGCCGCAAGGGGGGAGAAUUUAUGACAUUUUGAGAAGAUGGGUGGGUGAGGGGGAUUUUUGGGGAAUGAUAUGACAUGUCCAUCUCCACCCCUCUCUCCCUCUCCCCCGGCCUCGAUUUAUAUAUAUAUUCUUCUUCUUUUUUUUUUUUUUCUUUCCGCGGGACGAGAGCGAAAGCGAGAGCGGAAAGAGUUAUUUAUGCUAUGCUAUGUUAUGCUAUGAUGAAUAUACGAAUACGAAUACGAAUAUGAAUAUGAUGAGAAUGAGAAUAAAUGAUACCUAGGUAUACAAAAAUGAUUAA